AGUGCAUCGUAUUCAAGAUGGCGGCUUAGCAGCGACAGAGUGCAUAAGAGCGACUGCUCUGAGUGCAACGUGCAUAAGCCGUAUUUUGAUAAACUCGUACUUUCGGAAUCGAGUGCGUGCGUAGAAAUAUCGUCUAUAAGACGGUUUUAUCGUCUUUAGGAACGAGUCGUGCGAUCGCGAAUGAAUCGUCCGAGAUAGUCGGUGGUGGCGUGCGCGAGCGCCCGCCGUAUUCAGGAAGACGCGCGUGCGACAGAGACAGAAAAAGAGUGAGAGAGAGAGAGAGAGAGAGAAAGAGAGAAAGAGAAAAAGAGAAAAAGGAGAAAAAGAAAGACAGACGCAGAGAGAGAGCGAGACGGAAAGGAUCGCCUCGAAGUUCGGCGAUCCCAGUCAGGUUCCAACUUGAUAACUUUUUCUGAGAACCCUGAGAGAAAGUUGAAUCUACGAUAAAGGAAGACAAGAAGACACGCGUCUCGUUGUUGCCGCUGCCGCCGUCGCCGCCGCCGCCACCGCCACCGCUGCCGCUACCGUUGCUACUAUUGCUACUACUGCUGCUCUUGCUGUUGCUGCUGUUUCUAUUACUAUUACGAUUUAUUGCUACUGCUGUUAUUGAUAAUCUCAACGAGCGACGAUUAGGAGCGAACCUUUUUCAUGGCGAUCGGCGUUAGUACGAGGAUACAUCGUGCUUCACCACCGUGGUAUGAACCACGACAAAGGUGAAGAAAGGUAUUACGCCUUCCUUACGAUCCGUGACCUGUGACCUGACACUCGUGUUCAAAGGAAGAAACACGACGACGACGGCGGCGACGACGACGACGACGACAACGACAACGACGGAGACGAAAACGAAGACGAAAACGAAAACAAAAACGAAGACGAAGACGACGACGAAGACGACGACGACGACGACGACGACGCGGUACGCGCCGAGGCACAUAUACCGACACACACACACAGUGCGUCACCGCCCAUAUGCGAUGUGUGUUUCGUGCGUGCGAACGAAUGAGUAAUCAUGUACUGUCAAGACAAGGGCUCGACCGCCUCGAAGAGCAAAGAGGGGUCAGUGACAAUGCGAGAAAAAAAAGGAGGUGCUCUUAGCAGAGUGCAGAAACUAAAAAAACGACUUAGUCACAGUUUUGGUAGACUUUCUAUCUCUAAAGAAGAAGCUGACGAUGCUGCAAAUAGAGGUCAGCUGCCUUACAAUGGAUAUUCGGAGGAGUUCCUAGACCGUUUGGAACCAAACGGCAAUAUACCUGCGGAUAAAGAUCGUCGAUACGAAUGGACAGGUGUUGGUGAUCAUGAAAGAGUGCAUCGGCAGCUUUCCGUUUCUAGCGAUUCCAAGCUUCUAGAUGAAGAUAUAAGAGAAGAGGCAAGAGUGAUUUUACGGCCUCGGCGUCCACCGCGGCCCAAGUCUGAGGUUUUUCUUGGGCCAGAUCCACCACCUCGGAGAACCAAAAGGUUUUCAGCUUUUGGGGGAGACUCUCCUUUUGGAAAAUCCGAAGCUUAUAUAAAAUUAGAACAGUUAGGAGAAGGUUCUUAUGCCACUGUGUUCAAAGGCUAUAGUCACCUCACGAAUCAGGUGGUGGCUCUUAAAGAAAUUAGACUGCAAGAAGAAGAAGGUGCUCCGUUUACUGCCAUUCGUGAGGCAAGCCUUCUUAAGGAGUUAAAACAUAGUAAUAUUGUGACUUUACACGAUAUAAUUCACACUCGCGAGACUCUUACUUUUGUUUUUGAAUAUGUUCAUACUGAUCUAUCACAAUACAUGGAAAGAUAUGGUAGUGGAAGUGGAGGUUUAGAUCCUCACAAUGUUAAAUUAUUUCUCUUUCAAUUGUUAAGAGGACUAGCGUACUGUCAUCGUAGGAGAGUGUUGCAUAGAGACGUGAAACCUCAAAAUUUAUUAAUCAGUGAAAUAGGAGAACUUAAAUUGGCAGAUUUCGGUCUUGCAAGGGCGAAAUCUGUACCAUCGCAUACAUAUUCGCAUGAAGUAGUAACAUUAUGGUAUAGGCCACCCGAUGUUCUAUUGGGUUCUACGGAAUAUUCAACCUCACUUGAUAUGUGGGGAGUAGGUUGCAUAUUUGUAGAAAUGCUGACUGGAGAACCAACAUUCCCUGGUGUACGAUGUACGUACGACCAACUUGAUAAAAUAUUUAAAGUUUUGGGAACACCUACCGAAGAAACUUGGCCAGGUGUAACUCAUCUCCCAGGAUAUAAGCCACACAAAUUGUCGUUUUAUCCACCAAGAAAAUUGGGUCUUUCAUUUCCAAGGCUUUAUGAUAUUGCCGACGGUGAUAACAUGGCAUCGUCUCUCCUACAAUUGAAUCCUGAUCAGCGCAUAGGUGCCGAAGAAGCUUUAAGACAUCCUUAUUUUGCCUCUCUUCCUAGAAAAUUAUAUGAAUUGCCUGAUGAAGUGUCAAUAUUCAGCGUUGAAGGUUGCCACUUGUAUACAAAUUCGAGGCAUGGGUGCACAGAUUCACGUCACACUGCUCUUAAGACUUGAGGUUAAAUGUAAAUGAAAGGCAGAUGACAAAUAAUGCCCAGUUCAUACUUAGUGAAGACAUUCGAUUCAUGCGUUAAACUAUUGGCACAUAUGCCAUGACUAUCCACCCGUACACUAUCCACAGGCGCGUCGUUCGCUCUCUCUCUCUUUUUCUCCUUCUCCUUCUCCUGUCUCUUUUUUUUCUCUCUUUCUCUCUCUCUCUCUCUCUUUCUCAGGGCUGCUCAUAAAUUUCUCUUUCCCUUUUCCACUGCGAUAUUUUUUUUUUUUUUUAUGAACUUAUACACGUAUUGAUUAAACAAGCAAUGAUAAAUCAUACACUGUAACUGGCCAAGGAAACAAGAAAGUAAGCUGUCUGUGGCUAAAAGAAAGAUAAAAAAGUUUUAAGCGAUUUGCACGCUCAAUUUAGAAAGCAAAAAGCACGCACGACCCAUCCUCGCACUUCGUCCAAAUACUAGAUUUAGAUUGAUACCAAUCAAAAGAAGAUGAUAUAUAAACCGUCAUAUUGCGUCUCCGGAUCUCAUACCCAAUACGGGUUGGCGGUUAUUGAUUAGCAAAAAUAUUACGAAGUAAUUAUUAUCAUCUUAGAAAAAUUAUGGAAGAUCUGUAAAACGCUGUGUAAAUUUUAUGCUACUUUCGGAUCUUUUGUUGGUCGUUGAAACAAUCGAGAGUAUUGAUACAUUAAAAUCAUUAUUGAUAUUAAAUUUGUUGCUACUAAUGUAAUACGGUGAUAGUGAAUUUAUAGAAAUCAUAAUAAGAUUAGAAUAUCAUUAUAUGUCGACUGUUGCAGCUACCAUCAUUAUACGAAAGAGCAAGGUUAUUGAGAAAUUAUCGUUGAUAUCAACGGUAAUGAUCUAGUUAUAAGUAAUUAAUAUUAAUAUGAUAAAAUGUCAGCAGGCAAUAGGUUUGUGACGAUAAUAUAAAGUAAAAUCAAUAGUAGUGAACAAAGAAUGAAAUAAUAAAGUAGAUUUAAUAAAAUCUAAUUUGUUUAGUCGCGCAGAUAACUAUCGUUAACAGAUAGUGGUGCUUUGAAAAAUCAUAGAGAACAUUUUUAAUGAGUUUAUAUUUAUCCUUUGUACAAUUUAUUGGCAUUUCUUGUUUUCAAUUGAACUUUUAAAAUUGUAUAUAAAGAUAUACCAACUCAAAAAACGUUGGCAAUAGUAGAAUAAGGAUAAGAUAAAAAAAAAAAAAAAAGAGAAGCGAUACAGUUCUUCCAAAUUUUAUCUAAGUUACAAUGACUAUUACGAUAUUACUACUCCUUCGUAGGUUAUAUUUAUACCGAUUUUUCAGCACACUUAUAAAAAUAUCAACGAGGCGAAAGCAAAAAAAAAAGGGAAACAAAUAUUUCGAAAAAAUUUGAAACAUUAUUACUAUUAAUAUCGUUAUUAUUUGAAAAGAGACGCGCAGAUGGUAGACUGUAAAUAGAACAUCAAGUUCGUAUUAUUGAUGACGCUGAGAUAGAUGAGCUGAGGUUAAUAAAUGUGAAUUUAUAAUAAAUUAAAUUGCAAUACGGCACUCUAGAUCCUAUUUCAUUCUUUCAGUUUCUUUUUUUUUUCUCACAUUCAAUAACGUGCCAGUUGCUUUAGUUGUUUAGGUGUAUCAUAAUGCAAAAAAUUAUUGUAAUUGUAAUAUUUUAUCCUAUUAUCGAUUUUUGUACACUUUAAUUCCAGGCUAAUUAUAUUUUGUUUGUAAUCUUACUGAUGAAUCAUUAAUAUCCAAACUUCUUUGGUGUAUCGAAGAAGAUAAAGAAUUGUUUUGAAUUAUAAAUCUA